AUGAUGGACACCUGUGUUGUUGAUGGAGACCUUUCAAAACUGCUGCCUCCAAUACUGUUGACCGAGUUUAUUCUGGGUGUUCUCGGUAAUGGUCUUGCUCUCUGGACCAUCUGUUUUCACCUGCAGCCCUGGAAGAGCAGCAUGGUCUUUCUCUUCAACCUGGCCCUCGCCGACCUCCUGCUUAAUGUGGCUUUGCCAUUCCGUGCAAGUUACUACCUAUCUGGGAUUAACUGGAAGCUUGGGGAUACUUUGUGUAACUUUUCACUCUUUUCCUUGGCUAUGAAUCGUGGGGGGAGUGUUUUCUUCCUGAUGGCUAUAGCGAUGGACCGGUAUAUGCGUGUGGUGCACCCCUACCAUCCCAUGAACUACAUGAGCCUUUCUAAGGCCACUUAUUGUUCUGCUGGAUUGUGGAUGUUAACUAUGUUUUUGAACAUCCCCCUACUGACCCACUCUCACUGCUUCAAGUCUGGGAACUCAAUCAAAUGUGAAAGUUUCACUCAUAAGGAAAGGCUGCACAGCACUGUGUUCCUGGAAUUCCUCGUCUCUCUUGGAAUAAUCCUUUUUUGUACCAGGCAGAUUUCCCGCCACCUGCAGGUGAGAGGACUGGUCAAGGAGGCCAAGAUCCGUCGAGUGCAGAGGUUUCUUGGCAUGGUUACCAUUAUGUUCAUCAUCUGUUUUCUCCCUAGCAACAUCACUUGGCUAGCUAUAUUGCUGAGGGGUGUGGGGGAGAUUACCAUCACCAAUCACAGAGAAUGUGAGAUCCAAAAGGCCCUGGAGACUGCCUUCCAUGUUACCAUCAGCCUGACCUACCUCAAUAGCAUGUUGGAUCCUAUAGUCCAGCGUUUCUCAAACCUCUCC